CAAAAAGAAAACAUUGGACCUGGAAGUAAUCUUGUAUCGAAACUUUUACAUUAUGAGUGUCUGUGUCCAUUAAUCGUAAAAGGAACACUGUUUGUCCGGAGACAAGGUGAUGUUUUACCAUGUCCAAGUUGUGAAACUAUGAUAUUGCUCGUAACCUUCAAAUGGUUUCAUUAUUUGACUCCCUUUACUGAAUGAGGCUGGUUUUGUGUGAACUCUAUUUUGUAUGAUGUCCUCAACUUUAGUGGAGACAGUUUCUAUCAAUUAUGAUGAUUUUAAUGAUAGUUUUUUAACAUGUGGAACUUGUUUAUGUUUAUAUGAUAGUGUAGAGCACAACCCUAAAUUACUUCCCUGUUCACAUACAGUCUGUAAACAUUGCUUAGAGAGAAUUGUAGCUGCACAGAACUUAGAUACAGGUUCCUUUAGAUGCCCAAUAUGUCGAGAAAAUAUACACCUACCUCAAGGCGGAGUCAUAGCUUUUCCACCCAGCUUCCUUGUCAAUCAACUUUUAGACCUUAUGGCUAGCCAGAGACGAGAUGUUGUCCCCAAAUGUUCUGUACAUUCUAAUCAAGAACUGUUGUUUUGUGAAACGUGUGAUAUAGUCUUCUGCAGUCUAUGUAGUGACAACAACCAUAAUGGCCGAGGUGCCAGUGAACAUACUGUGAUACCAUUUGCCAUUGCGAUCAAAAGGAUGUCAGAAAUCCUACUUUAUAAAGCUCAUUUGUGUAUUAAGAAUCUCAACGGUGCGUAUGAAAAUAUCUCAGAUGAGUUGCGAUCAUUGGAACAGUCUGUAGACAAAACACUUGAUUCUAUUAAUAGAUCUUUUCAAGAUGUCAUGACAAUCAUUGAAAAAAGAAGACAUGAAUGUUUGCAAUGGGUUCGAAAGAUUCGCGAGGAUAAACGCACAGUCUUAAAGGAACAACUGGAUUUGAUCCAAGCUGAGAAGGAUAAAGUUCAGUUAGAUUGUGGUAAUCUUGAAUAUCAGGUAGAAGUGAGGAAUAUUACCAAACGUAUCAGUGAUUUGAAUGAGAAACUAGAUUCUACCAGUAAUCUGGCUGAACCCAGGGAAAAUGCAUUCAUUAAAUAUGAAUUCAAGCAUAAUGAUUCUCUCAAACAAAUAGAAACAGCAGUGGCUAAAUUUGGCCAAAUCAAAAUAAGUACAACUUUUCCUGCUCUAUGCACUGGUAAAAUUGGAGAGGCAAUUUCCCAUUUGCGAAGUUCAGCGCAAGUCAUGACGGUAGAUUACCAUGGCAACCCUCGGCUAACAGGAAGUGACCCUGUUACAGCAGAUUUAAGAACUGAUAAGGGCGUAUUAGUCGAGAGUAAAGUUAAAGACAAUGAUAAUGGAACUUAUGAUAUAAUUUUUGUCCCACCUACCUUGGGUCGUCUCAAACUUAGUGUGAACAUAUUUAACAGAGCAAUCAAAAAUAGUCCCUUUAUGAUUGAAGUCAGUGACCACAUCAAUCCAGUGUGGAAACUUGGCUCAAGAGGGUCAGGAAUUGAUAAUCUCAAUCAGCCAGUUCGGAUAGCGUCUGGGCCUAAUGGUUUGAUCUUUGUUUUGGAUACGGGUAACAGUCGCAUAAAAAUCAUCAAUUCUGAUGGGCAAGUAGAGAAACAUAUAGGACCCAUUGGGCUAGAAAACCAAAGUGCUACAGGACUUUGUCUUAUGAAUGAGGGUAACCUUGCAGUGAUAAAUUGGAGGAGUAAGCAAGUGUCCAUCAUCACUCCAGAAGGAGAACUAGUCAGACAAUUUACCACAACUGAAUUUGUUGAGCCUACUGACAUUGCUGUUAACAGUCGUGGUGAGAUCAUUGUAGCAGACAGUGGUGCUUCCAAGAUCUUUAUCUUUGGUUCUGCUGGCAAUCUGAUCACAACAUUUGGUAGUAAAGGUAUAAAGGAUGGACAAUUUAAACUGAUCUCAUCUGUGACUGUGGGAAAAUGUGAUGAAAUAUUUGUUACUGAUCAUCGAAUCCAAGUUUUCAGUAAAGAUGGUAAAUUUUCCAGGUGUUUAAGUGACAGUGGCAAGGGGCAAUAUGGUGGUAUAGUUGUUGAUAAUGGUGGCUUAUUGUUGGCUACUAAAACUGAGAAAGGCAGAAGUUUUGUGCAGGUAAUGAUAAUGAAUUCCAAUGGUAAACUUCAUAAUAUUAUAGACAGUAAUGAGGAGAAGUUAAAACGUCCCAGUGGAAUAGCUAUUUUACCAAAUUUUCAUGUGGUAGUUGCUGAUUUAGGCAAUGACUGUGUUAAAAAAUACAGAUAU